AUGUUAUUACACUGUAUUAAAUACCUCAAAGGUACUUUGGAUUUAGGAUUGCAAUAUACUAAAGGGAAAACUAAAGAUUAUGGUGAAGAUUUUGUCAUUUAUGGUUUUGCUGAUGCUUCAUUUGCUCCACCUGGUGAUAGAAAAUCCAUAUCUGGUUAUGCCAUCUAUGUCAAUGGAAACUUGGUGUAUUGGGGCACCAAGAAACAAAGAUGUAUUACCGAAAGUUCAAUGUCCAGUGAGAUAAUUGCUCUUGGUGAAUGUACACACCGAAUAAUGACCGUUCGAAAUGUUGUGAAAGCAUUAGGUCUUAGACAUAGAAAGGUUAUAAUUUUCGAAGACAAUCAGCCGUGUAUAAAGGUUGCAAACAACAGGAAAAUAAGUCACAGCCGUAGAUCUGUUGACAUCUGCAUAAAAUAUAUUAGGGAACUAGUACUCCAAAAAGGUGAACUUGGUAUCUCAUAUAUCAACACUGCUGACAAUGUUUCCGAUAUUCUUACCAAAACUACUGGGAUGCAAGUUUUUCACAAGUUAAGGCCAUGGCUUAUGACUGAUGCUAAUUUACUGCUGCUUCAUGAAAAAUUGAUGAUAAAUUAUAUUGGAAGAAACAAUCCGGAACAACACUUUCUCCAAUUGUGUCAAUCAAUCAACCUCGAACCUUUGGAAUAA